CUGUCUCUGCCCCUACACCUGUUUCAGAUCUGUCACGCAGGCCAUCCUAUUUUUCCUUUUAAAGAGGCAGAUUAUCUGUGCAUCGUGUAGCUGGAAACACAAAUUGCAGGACCCUGCGAGAACCCUCUGCCAUGGGGCAACGCCUACUCCUCAGAAGCGGGCAUGUAACAAGCAUGUGCUGGGAAACAUGCUUGUGCUAGAUCAGGGGAGGGAAGGAGCAUAUACGCCAAGUGACUUCUGUAGCCGCUCCCGGAGAAUGGACUUAGCACUUAGAAGAAAAGACGUCUGGAUUGUAGGUAGCGUGUGCCUUAUCUCGUCUUCCUUACUCUGGCGUGUGUUCCGGUCGGUGAUGACACGGGGAGGUCACAGACAGGCUCCUGCCCCGGAGGACACGCAGGCUGAGGAGAAGUCAUGGUCACACCCUGGUCUGAAGGAAACAGUGCCUGUCAAAGGCAAAAGGACACCGGCCCUCACAGAUGAUGUCUCGGCUCCUCCUGCCCCGUUUAAUCACCGUAUCGUGACAGCCAAACAAACAGCCAUCAACAGCUUUUAUACCGUGAGCAGAACGGAAAUUUUAGGAGGGGGGCGUUUUGGCCAGGUUCACAGGUGUGAAGAGAAAGCAACAGGUCUGAAGCUGGCGGCCAAGAUCAUCAAGACCAGAGGCACCAAGGAUAAGGAUGAAGUGAAGAACGAGAUCAACAUCAUGAACCAGCUGGAUCACGUGAACCUCAUUCAGCUCUACGACGCCUUUGAGUCUAAGAAUGACAUUGUCCUGGUCAUGGAGUACGUGGACGGAGGGGAGCUGUUUGAGCGCAUCAUCGAUGACAACUACAAUCUGACCGAGUUUGACACCAUCCUGUUCAUCAAGCAGAUAUGUGAGGGCAUAAGACACAUGCAUCAGAUGUAUAUUCUCCAUUUGGAUCUGAAGCCUGAGAAUAUCCUGUGUGUGAAUCGGGAUGCUAAACAAAUAAAAAUUAUUGAUUUUGGAUUGGCCAGAAGAUACAAACCCAGAGAGAAGCUGAAGGUGAACUUUGGAACUCCGGAAUUUCUUGCCCCUGAAGUUGUGAACUAUGAUUUUGUUUCCUUUCCCACUGACAUGUGGAGUGUGGGCGUCAUUGCCUAUAUGCUACUGAGUGGUUUGUCUCCCUUCCUGGGUGACAAUGACGCUGAGACCCUGAACAACAUCCUGGCCUGUAGGUGGGACUUGGAGGAUGAAGAAUUUCAGGACAUCUCGGAGGAGGCCAGGGAGUUUAUCUCCAAGCUUCUGAUUAAGGAGAAGAGUUGGAGAAUAAGUGCAAGUGAAGCUCUUAAGCACCCUUGGCUGUCAGACCACAAGCUCCACUCCAGACUCACCACACAGAAGAAGAAUUGUUGCUCUAACGCAAAGAACCUUGUGACCAAAUAGUCCAUGGAAGGCACCCAUUUGAAAGGAAAACUGCUGCGGUUGCUGCUGCUUUGGGAAGAUUUCUGGAAAAAUCAGCAGUUCUGAUGCCUUGACCCCGAGGAUGACGGGUGGCCGUGGGGGGUGGGGGAGCCGCCGCACUUGAACUCGGAGCGCCCAGUUAAGGCGGAUGCCUAGUGCUGUGGUCCUGGGAGUGCAGAAAAGCCCCACAUCCCUUUCCUCACACCCCCACACCCCAUGGCAGUACACAAUUGGGAAGAUGUUUCCCUGACAUCUUGAGUUUUCAAUGUUUAUUUUUUUAUUUUAGUCUCUGGGAUAAGGGGUACCUGAUUUCUGCUCUUUCUCAGCUUACUAGAGCAAUCAGACUGGAGAUUUAUUUGAGACAUUUAAACCUGGAGGAUACAUCGAGAGGGAGAAAACUGCUUCCAGUCCUUAAACUAUGCCUUUCAAAGGGGUGAUCAUAUCACCGGAAGAAAAUUCUGUCUUUCACACCCUUGAUCACUAGGUUUCUCAGACUUUGUUAUUUUGAUUUGGUCUGAAAUCAGGUGAAUCCAAUUGAUAAAUAAUUUGCUUUCUGGAACUUGAGCUGUCUUGGAAUCCUGAGGCAAGAGGCAUCAGACAUCGUGUUUUCUGUUUCUUCUGAACUUUUGUCCCAGCUCAUCAGUUUCUUCCGAGUAGUGAUUCUACUUUCAAAUGAGUGACGUGCAUUUCACAAGGCACUACCCGCUCUCUUCUGACUGAGCAUUCACACGCGUGAAAUGCACUAGUUUUCACCAGUGGAGCAAGAAUUACAACCUUUGGAAAAACCGUAACAGUUACGAGAGCUUUCCUCAUGCUGCCAUUGUCAAUGAGAGAAGGGUCGUGUGCAUCCCAAGGAAGGACGGUGCUUUGCUUCUAAUGUUGAAAUGACUUCGGAAGUAGCUCUCCAGGUUUCUGGGUAAAUUCCAACAUUUCUGAAGACCAAUGAUCUCACCUACGCAGAAUCUCGCAUGGUUCAGUGGUUGUGAAGAAAGAACAUUCAGAAAUCAAAGUGAGGGGAACAUUCCUGCUCACUCUUUGGAUAUGAGAAUGAUUUCCAGUUGGAAGCUUCUUCUUGUUCUUGAACUUAUGUGCCAUUUCAUUAUGGAUUUUUAAUAAUGGAAGUGAGCCCUACCGUAUAUAGCACAGAAAGGCACAGGGCCUCUGAAGAGUGAAACGUGGGUGCCAUUUCUUUAUGAAGAAGAGGCCAUGCAGAGCCACAAGAAACUCAUCACACAGCUAGCACCACGCUCACCAUUCGUCUUCUUAAGCUGUCCUCAUAUUUCCCAUGUCCUGAUAACUCCUGUGAUGAGAUCAGCUAUAAGGAUGCAUUUUUAGCUGUAAAUGGUUCUAGGCUCCGAUAGUCACCGUAGUCACCAUAGCAAUGGCCAUAUUAGUGAGGGCAGUUUUAAUUGGCACUGGCUUUUCUCCGUUAUUGCUUGUAUCCACCUAGUGGGUCCUUCUAGCAUGCCCGUGAAUAACUGUAUGUGCAAUGUUCUUAUUCUCAUGUGCAAGGUAAAGGGGAAGUAAAGACAGAAGAAAAUGUGUAAUUUAGUUAAGACCACAUGCCCAUUUAGUGGUCGUGCUAGUUAUAAAACUGACUCCUUUCUAACUUUGCUUUUACAUUAUGAUGCAUUUCUUUUUUCCUUUGGCGUAUGCGUUUAUUCAAGGUUGGUUUUCUCCUGGUCCUGUUAUGUGACUAUGCUUAAAAUGUUUAACUUGGUUUCCUUAAAACACACACACACACACACACACACACACACACACACACACACACACAAAAAAAAAAAAACAACAACAAAACCCUGUGACUGAAGUGUUAUAUUACUGUGCUAUCUUUAGCUGAUGGUAUUCACCGAGUCUGGAAAAAUACAAGCCAGUGCAUGCAUUAAUACUCAGACCGCAGAGAGCUGGCAUUCUCUCAAAUGCUAAAUAAGACGCAAGGGUCUGAUUUGAAACCCCUCAUGGAAGGGUGUUUUCUGUCCUGUGGUGUGGACUCUCUACCGGAUAGAGCAGGAGGUCUCUUGCAUUCAGCUCCCAUUCUGACUCACGUUGGCGGAGAAACUUUCACCGGACCCCAACGCACAUGGGAGAGGCAGCUUAGGCCAAAUAAAGGAAUGAUUUCUUUGUCAAAUUAACCCACUAAUGACCCUGCAGUCAGUGGGCGUGAUUUUUUUUUUAAAGAGGUUUAGAAAGGAGACUCUACUUUAAAAAUGGAUCCCCUUUGAAUUUGGAGUUAAAUUUCCACAUUUGGAUGGGGAGACAUCCCCCCGCCAGCAGGGUGCCUUUUAUAUGAGAGCUGAGGAUAGUUUGCAUUGCAGAGUUGAUUAUUACAGUUUAGAGUUACAGUGAAAUGGGAGAAUUUCCGUCUCCUGCUCAUCCUGUUCCCUCCUUCCACGCCCCUGUGCGGCUGCCCCAGCAAGGACUGCUAACUUGGUAGAUUGCCACUCUGAUGGGAAAGGGGGCUUUGCACAGCGGAGAAAUCAAACCAGAUGCGCAAGCAUGGACCAGAGAAGCUGAGUCUGGCGAGACUGGGGCUAUUGUGAUCAAUUUUUUCCAAGAAGUCAUUAGGAUUUGACAGCCUGUAUUGCUUCUCUGCCCUCCUAAUGGACGUUAUGGCUUCAGUCCUUGCAUUAGGCAGUAGCCUUUUCUUUGGAAAAAGGCGGAAAUUCAGCACUGAUGUGGCAUUUCCCACUGCCUGGAGAGAAAUAAACCUCACAAAGGAUUCAAGAAAAAGCAUGCCCCCAUUUGUCAUUUGUAAGAUACCAACACUUCCCCAGAACCUGUUGCUAUUUACAAAUCAGGGAGAAAAGAGCUCAUGUCCCAGUCGGUGACAUAAAAACAUCUGAAAUUGGAUUCUGACCUGAACUACCUUGGGGAAAGUUUCCUAGGUUGAAAUGGGGGUAAUUCUCAUGUUUGUUUCUAGUCUGACUUGCUAUUAUUUUGCUUUCUUUCCUCGAAAAUGUAAAUAGGCAUGCUGCUAUUGUUGUGGCAUGCUUUGAUGUGAAAGUGUUUUGAAAGAUGUGUGAAUGAUUACAUUGUCACCAUUUUUAUGGAAUUUAGCAUAGAAUUUUUUUCUCGUUUUAAAAUCAAAAUACGUAUUUGAUAUUAGGGAAAUGAGGGUCUUAUUCUUUAUUUCAUUCCUUUUUUUCUUCCUUCUGCUCCCACUACCCCUACUCUGGGCAUGAGGCAAAUGGUGUCAGGAUGCAUACAUGCACUAGUCCAGUUUGGAUGACGGACCAGCUGAGGGAACCUUAUUUGGAAGGUCCAUCUGUGCGAGUGUAGCAAGAGGGUGAGGCAGGUGUCUGUUCCAGGGCAAUUUCAGCAUGGGUGUAGGCUGCGCCCUCGCUGUGGCUCACUUCUCAAAAGCCAUGAUGCUCCCUACCUUGCUUUUGCUUUAGCUUUUUUGCCUUUUUUUUUUUUUUUUACUUCUUUCUCUUUUUCUUCAGUUAGAAUCAAAGUCCAUCUUCUUAUCUAUCACAGUGCUCCCGUAAAGCCUUUUUGGGAUAAAAAUGAUAUUUCCAAAAGGCAAAUUGCUUGCUGUCCUAAAGGAAACUUGAAGCUGGAUUAUUAGACGAUCAGAUGUUCGAGUCCUGGAUGAAGGUGACUUCCUUGCCUAGCAUGAAGUCAAUGGCUUCUCCCACUAGAAGUUCCACAUAUGUCUCUGAGCUCCAUUUUUGUUAGGAGUGCUUUCCAUAAGUGAUCUUGAUGUGGGUAGUUUCACCUUCCAUGAAGGCUUAUAACUCAACUACUACUUAUUCAAAAGAGCAGAAAACAUCGAAUACCUGAGUGUUCCUAUCUUGAAUUGUAUGUAUUUUGUAGUUGUCUCAGCUGACGGAUGGCAGUGAGUCGUUUCGAUGAGGUUAAGUAGUGUAGGUAAGAAAUAAGAAUGGAUUCGUAAUGUGGUGAUUGCACAUGUCAUGUAUAUUUUUUAU